AUGAGAUGGAUUUCAGACGUGGAGGGGUGUUUCUUCACCUGCUCGUGUCCUGCUGAACAGAAGGUCAGGUGUGCUCUGAACCUGCUUAGGUCUGGGGCCAAGGACUGGUGGAGACUUGCGACUGGGUCGUACACUGAUGAUCAGAGAGCUGCUGUUACUUGGGAGCAGUUCAGGGAUAUGUUCCGCGCCCGUUACAUUCCACGGGUUGAGCGGGAGCGAUUGGCACAGGAGUUUUUGAGCUUGAGACAGGAUGGGGAGUCGGUGACGGAGAUCACCCGAAUGUUCGCUGAGAGGGCGAUGUUUUGCCCGAAGUUUGCUUCAGAGCAGGCUCAGAUGACCCGUUAUCUGAGCAUGCUCAAGACGGAUAUCCGUCAGUUUGUGUCUACCCAGCGAUGUGAUACUCUUCUAGAGUUGCAGGAGACCGCCAGACGGCGUGAGUUGGAGAUUGAGCAGAAGUUGAGAGAACAGCGGCAGGCCCCGGCACAUUCUCAGCCGGCGCCGAAGCGGUCAAAGACCGCUGAUACUAGGACCGGGGGUCAGCAGAGCCGCACUUGUGGGAAGUGUGGCAAUGGUCAUUUUGGUGUUGGCCAUUUGAAGGCCAACUGCCCGUUACUCGCCGCCAAACCGGCGCAGGCUCCAGCGCCGACUACUUUGAGGAUCACGGAUGGGAGACCAGUCAGGGCAGAGCCUCCGAAGGCUCAGGGUCGUGCCUUCCAGCUUACAGCGGAGGAGGCCAGAGCAGCACCAGAUGUGGUUGCCGGUAUGUUUCUAUCCUUUAUCUCGUUUCCUAUAUUUGAUGGGGCGAGUCGGUCCUUCGUGUCUCAGUCGUUUAGUAGGGAGUUCAGUGUGCCUGUGGGCGAGCUAGAGUGUCCGUUGCGAGUGUCUAUCGCCAACGAGCACGGGGUUUCUGCAUCGUCAGUUUAUAGAGGGUGUGACUUAGAGAUUUUCGGGGUAUCCUUUCCGAUAGAUUUGAUUCCGAUCCCCAUGGGGGAGGUGUGCAUGAUUGUGGGCAUGGAUUGGCUCAGUCGGUUCGGUGCUAUGAUUGAUUGCGAGGGCCAGCGAGUGGUAGUUCGAAGCCCAAGAGGGGGAGAACUGAUUGUAUAUGGCGAGGGCACCAGAGUGGGCAUGGAUUGGCUCAGGGUUUUGUUCAGCUGCCAGGACUCGACAGUACAUUCAGCACGGGUGUGCGGGUUAUCUAGCGUAUGUGGUAGAUACGCGAGUCAGGGAUCAGAUUCCGGUUUCCGAUGUACCGGUGGUCAGGGAGUUCGCAGAUGUGUUUCCAGAGUAGUUGCCAGGGAUACCUCCGGAGAGGCAGGUCGAGUUCAGGAUCGACCUGGUGCCAGGUGCGGCCCCUAUCGCUAA